AUUCUCUCUAAACUCCCUUGUAAAAGCACCCGUGCAUUCUCUGUUAUAAUAUAAAUUGGGCUACAGGUGUUCCACCUAAAGUCCUACCGGUCACUUUGCGUGUUUUUACCUUUCUUACUUUACCAAAUAAAGCAAACUAUUCUAGACCCGGUCUAGUAUAGUUUGACUAGUCAAGUAAUUUACACCAUCAUUUUGGUGCCCAUCGUGGGGCCGUUAAGGUUUCUUCUCCUCUAAACACAAACCUACCCACAAAAAAACCACUCAAAAAUCUUCAAGCCAACAAAUCAAUGCUACUUCCGCUCAGGUGUAAGCCACCAAUGAAGGUACCAGCAUCCCCAUGGCUGCUACCCUACCGGCCAUUUCUACUCCAGUUUUUCCGUUGGGUCUAAGUUCGGCCCCAACACCCAGCAUGGUCAGCCCAUUCACGACCCCUGUCCCUUCUGCUGGACCAAGGGUCACAUUCUCACCAAGCAUGACUCAGUUCAUGAACAAUCCGGCCAACCUGCAGGCCAUCUAGGGCUUUGGCUAGGUCAUGGCCAUGUGCCAACAGAAUGGGGGGAUGCCUUUUCUCUCUGGUAUGUUCCCGUUCGCUCUUCCAGGCGCGGGAACCAUGCCCCUACAAGCUCCAAUGGCGGUGUCUCCCUUCCAGACGCCAGUGCCGCAGCCAUCACCUUUCCAGCCGCAGCUGGUCAGCACCGUAGCCCCUAUCAACCUGAAUGAUGCGCUUAACGCUGCAAGGCCGUCGCGUCCCCCGCAAGGUACGAAUCCACAGAUUACUCCUGAUGGUCACUGCGUCUCAGUUGAGAGCGGAGACGAGGAGUGGGACAUUCCGAGGGCCCACAAGAAGAAGAAGAAGGGGAAAGCCGUCCGGCCAGCCACUUCCCGAUACUCCGCCUUCGAAAGCCUAGGGGACAGGGAAGAGGGCCAGAGGAAAUCAGCCAAGCUGAGGCUGGGGCAGAGCGUUCGUCCGGUUAGGCGAAGGGAGGGAGGCCGAGCCUGCCCGUACCCAGCGCUCCCAGUCGAACCGGCAGGAGCUCGCGAGGACGAGGGUCUCCCAUCAAGAAGAGGAAGCUGAGAGCCAGCCUAGGGGACCGGUGGCUAACCGGCUGACUGUCCCAAAUGAUCGCAUCCAGCAAAUGGAGGCAAAACUGGAGAGGCUGGCAAAAAGAGUAGGGGAAAAGAAUGACUGGGACAAACCCCACACUAGGUCCCCGUUCACUACAAGGGUUCAUCUAACACCUUUCCCGCGAAAGGUCAAGAUAGACGCCACAAGAUUCACCGGGAAAGAAGACCCAGAAAUCCAUCUGGAUUCUUUCAAUCAGAGUGCAACCAUGAACGGUUGCACAGACGAAGAAAAGUGCCUCCUUUUCUUCCAAACCUUGCGGAACCGGGCUACUGAAUGGUUCAAUAAGCUUCGUCCAGGAAGCAUUGAUUCAUUCAGCGACUUGGCUUCAAAAUUCUAGGUCAAGUUCCAGGAGAAUUGUACUAAGAGGAAGAAAUUCACCUAUCAUAGUACAGCCGGGCAGAGGGAGUCUGAGAACCUUACUCAGUUCCUUACCCGGUUAAAGGAAGAGGUAGACAAGGUGGAAGAGAUGGAUGACAAGACCGUCUUAUCUCUUCUCUUGAAUGGCUUACGUGCCGGGGAACUAUACAAGGAGUUUUGCCGGAAACCCCCAGCCACGUACCAAGAGACCUACCACACUGCAUGGGAGUUUGCUGAGGCUGAAACUCAACUCCGGGCGAGGAAAGAAGCUGAGCAUGGUUUCAAACCCAAGCCAGUGCAAGUCAAGAAGGAAGAAGCACCGGUACCCAGCCGGCCAAGGCAUCACUAUGACCCGGUCGUCCGCGUGGUCAACACAGAAGAAUGUCAAGAGAUCAGAAAAGCACCGGUCAUUCCUCCGGAAAACCCUACCAAUCAAACAAGACGGAAAUGGUCGGGCACCUAUUGUUCGUACCAUAGGUCAGAUUCCCAUAACACUUCAGAGUGCAAGAGUGUUAAGGGAGUCAUCCGGCAAAUGAUAGACAGCAGGGAACUGGGCAAAGAUUAUUUGCAGAAAGCUCAGGAGAAGAACCACCAAUGGGUUAGGCCAGCGACCCAGGGAAACAACCAGAACAAUGACCGGCGGAGGAACAACCGGGCGAGGGAGCAACAACCUGCCCCUGACAAAGAGCUUAUUGGAAUGAUCUUCGGCAGACCCGAAGGCGGAGAUUCAGCCGCGCAGCGGAAGAAUUGGGUUCGCAGCAUUUCUGUUGGUGAGGUAAGUGCUGAACCGGCCAGGCGAAAACAGGCCAAGAGGGAACCGAUCGUCUUCACUGAUCGGGACCUCCCACCUACCGGUGAAGACCACAAUGAUCCAUUGGUUAUCACCAUGGACAUCAAUGGGGUAGAUGUUGCCCGGGUACUUGUUGACACCGGUAGUAGUGUCAACAUCCUGUACUUGGAGACAUUCCAAAAACUCAGGUUGUGUCGGACACAACUUGAACCCCUCAAAACCCCUCUCUCGGGCUUCACGGGAGAUACCGUGGAAGCUGAAGGGUCCAUAGUUCUACCGGUCGAACUAGGAUCGGGCGAGAAGACCGUAUGGAAGAAGAUGCGGUCCAUCGUUGUGGACAUCAAAUGCAUCCACAACACAAUCCUUGGAAGUCCAGACAUCAAUAGAGUCGGGGCGGUGAUUUCCAUGCCUCACCUAUGCAUGAAGUUCCACACUCCAGGUGGCGUGGGUGAAGUAAAGGGCGACCAGAGGAACGCCCGGGAAUGCUAUGCCCGGGCAGUCAAAAAUAUGACCAAAGGGGUCAACGUGAUCUCCCAGGAAAUCACAAAGGGAGAGACCUGGGAGAAACUUGAACCUGAGGCCGAGACGGUGGAGAUUGAACUUCACCUGGGUGAUUCUUCCAGGAUGGUCAGAAUUGGAGCAAAUCUCCCAGAAGAUCUCAAGGCAGAGAUUACACGGGUCCUCCAAGAAUACGCGAGCAUAUUCAAAUGGAGCGUGGCGGAUAUGCCCGGAAUAGAUCGCUUUGUUAUUUGCCACCGGUUGCCCGUGAGAGAGGGAAGCCGACCGGUACUCUAGAAGAAGCGGUACCUGGCUAGUGACCGGCGAGACUUCGUCAGGAAGGAGGUGAAGGACCUGUAACACCCCAAUCCGUAUAACCCGGAAUUAUACGAAUUAAGGUGAAACGAGAGUUAAAUAAAAAUUUCGCUUGACAUUCGAAAAUGACAAUUACUUAUAAAUAUUAAAUUUACAGACUCUGGAUCGCGACCCAUUUAAAAAAUAUUUUCAGAGUAAUGCGGAAGUACAAUAAUAAUCAAAUCAUGACACAUUUAAAAAUCUGAUGAUCAACAUUUGCCUGCCAUCCUUGCAUCUCCUCUAACUCAAUGCCCUCCGGGAGUGGUUCCAUCAUUGUCUUCUUGUUACCUACGUGUAGUCAACGAAAAAUACAAACUACACGCUCAGCGAAACCGCUGAGUGGUACCACGCUAGAAUUGUAGAAUGAUUCUCAGACAUAUACAUAUACAUAUAUAUAUACGUCCACAAAAUGUAUAGUAACAUUCAUGAUAUGACACAUAUUAUCAUAUGGUCAAUUUGAUGAAUCAUGAUGAUAAAUAUUUAAUGAUAAUUACCUGAUGGCAUAUUUAAUCAACAUAAUUAUUCUUGAUGAUGAUUACAUGACACCUAUGUAAUCAAUAUAAUUGUUCUUGAUGAUCAUUACAUGACACCUAUGUAAUCAAUGUACUUGAUGAUGAUAACAUGAUUUCACAUUUAAUCAAUUUGAUUGUUCCUGAUGAUGGUAACAUGAUGCAUGAUCCUAUAACUUGCAAGGAUACCCUUACGCUAUGAGAUUCGCCCAUUUGGUACGACGAACUCACGCGGCCUUAGUCUCACGAAUGAGGUGAGACUUGAAAAAUAGGGGUGGUACUCGAAACCUGAAUACCAUGUACGUACACUAAGCCCGGAACAGGUGAUGUUGGAC